GGACAAAGCUCAAGGCCACCGGUUGGCCGCUACCCUACAGACAGCCUUUCUCAAAGAUUGGACCUUCCACCAUCCCCGCCCUGCAUCAAGUCCAAGAAGAAACCCUCACUGCCACCAUUUCCUCCACAAAAUCAGCCGCGCUAAAACCCUUCCUUUUUUCUCCCGACGAUCAAUCCAAUCCCGGCGAAUUGCGGGGAGGAAAACCCUGUCGAAUUUCGAAUUCCCAGAUCCCAAUCCCCAGCACUGCCAUCGACAGAAUCGACAUUUUCGGCCUGUAUUUGGAUGUUCUUCGUCGUUCUGACUGCCGCACCACUUGACAGAACUGUCAGCGUUGUCUUGCUCCCAGCACGCGUCAACUCCACAAUCAAGCUUGCGUUGGAUGUUCUUCGCCGUUCUGAUUGCCGGCACCACCCGAAUCUCCAGUGGCCUUCAAAUGCUGAUGACGAAAACAGGGAUGAUUGCAGGGCGGAAGGACGAAGAAAGGAUGGAGACGAAAACAAUCUG